AUGGCGGCUAACCGGGUGGGGCGGCGGGUGAAUAAGGUGUGUGGUAAUCAGUCACCGAGUCGCUCCGGCGGCGGGCGGGAUCCGGGUCAGAGUCUGCAGCGGAGACAGGCCCGAGUUACCGUCAAAUACAACCGGAAAGAACUGCAGAGGAGGCUGGACGUGGAGAAGUGGAUCGACUGUGGACUGGACGAGCUCUACGGGGGCCGGGAGGAGGAGAUGCCAGAGGAGGUGAACAUUGAUGAACUGCUGGACCUGAAGACAGAUGAGGAGAGGACACACAGACUGCAGGACAUCCUUCAUUCCUGUAACAACAGCACAGAGGUGUUCAUCAGCGAGCUGGUGUUGAAACUUCAGGGUUUACAGAAGCAGGAGGAUCUGCACAACGAUGGCAUUGACCUCCCUCAACUCCACAUCUACCCCGCCCGCUCCGGAUCUGCCAAUAGGGAGGUGCUGCACUGAGACAUCGAGCGUAUCCAGGCUGAUCCAGAUCUCAAACCCCGGCACAAUCACCCCCCACAUACACACUGCUAUACACCACCUACAGCCAGACCAGGAGGAGCCGGACUACAAAACAAUUGCACCUGAACUGUCCGUAAUUUAUCCAACAUACCCAGAGUCCCUCCACUCACAUAUACCUCCACUCCGGCCAGCAUCACUUCUCCUAACAAGAGGCGCUGUAACAUAAAACAAACGUACCUAAUGUCUGAAUCCACCUGAACUGUCCUGAUUUUAUUGAAGACCCCAAACAGAAAGAAAAGAAUCAUAAAGCAUCAGAUGUUUGACUAAGUGUAUCAGGUGUUGCAGCGCUUUAAUCUCUUUAUCAGUAUCAGUCUGACCGUCACACUUCUUCAGAUGUGUUGGAAACACAAAUAGCUCCGAGCUGAUAGGACGUAUUUAUCAGGUCUGAUCAGUCUGCAAAACGAUUAUGUUGUUUUGGUCACAAAUGUGCCGGUUUCACACCAAACUCCUCUGAAUUUCCAGCCUUUUUUCACACACUCAUCAGUGUUAGUCAACCUGUUGAAACUCCCUCAGGUGACGGAGCAGUUCUCCUGGUUUCAGUACAAAUACACACACACACACACACACACAC